ACAUAAACUAAUUCUUUAUAAGUAAGUUAUGUCCAGGAGUAUUUCUGUUUUUUUUCCUAUUAAAAGUUUUUUUCACGUAUUAAUGAGUACUGCACCCCUGUUGUACACAGAAAAAUAGCCAUGAACGGAAACAAGACGGUUCAUUUGUAACAAGUUCCUUUUCAAAAUCUCCCAGUGAUUUGUAACAAGUACUCCAGAAUCUCCCACUGGAUCUGAUAAAGAUUGAUAUGGAUGUUUAGAUAAUGGAACAGGCAGACUUUUCCAAUAUUAAAGACGAACUGGAAAAUGCCAAGAAGGGAGACACCAUUCUUCACUUGAAUUACAAAGGACUGAAAAAUCUACCACCAUGUCUGUUGUAUGACAUCUGCUACAGGAACCUCAAAACAAUAUAUGCAAAGAGAAAUCUGCUGACAUGCUUGCCAGAUAACUUGAACCAACUUUCAAGUUUAGUUGAGAUAUAUAUGCCAAGUAACAACAUCAAAGCCAUACCAGAUGGAAUAUGUAACCUGACAAAACUUGAGUCUCUAAACCUUUGUGAUAAUGAGCUGACCCAGCUGCCAGCUGAUAUUGGUCGUCUAGGAAACCUGCAGAAGCUGCAAGUGUCCGUAAACAAAUUGGCAAGUCUGCCUUCAAGUAUUGGACAACUCCGUUACCUGAAGACACUAGAACUUAUGAGGAAUGACCUGUCCACGCUACCCAUCAGUUUGUGUAGGUGUGAGAGUCUGAUGACUCUGAACUUGGACUACAACCGAUUGACUAGUCUUCCUCGUCACUUCUGGCGAUUGACCAGCUUGACAGAACUCUCUGUUUGUGGAAACAACUUAAUUACUCUACCACAAACAUUUGCAAACAAAGGUCUAGGCAGUCUGAGAUUUCUGCUGGUGGACAAGAACCCAGCACUCCACGUUCUCCCUAUUUCUCUGAUACACAUAGACACUGGAAAUUUUCAAAGUUGUCGACAGCGUAACCCGCUCGGUGUACUUCCUGGUGUAGUUGAGUUGGUGGUGCCAUAUAAGGAGACAUCAGUUCCCAUAGUGAUGCCCCCUGAGAUUAGGGACAUAACUGCUCCCUGGAAUAGCAUACCAUCCUUACAGGAACUUGGCCUCAGAACAACUGGUGCACUGAGGUCUAGAUUUUCAGACCCCAAGGAAUUUCUUGCCUUACUGGAUUCUCUGCCCUGCACGUUGAAGUCCUUGUUGUUAGAUCCAACAGCUUUAUGCCAGUUUUGUCUCCAGGAGGUUUAUGUGUCAGCCUUACCUUUGUUGGUAUUCAACAAAUCAGUUUUCUAUCUCGGAUUUUGUUGUUCUGUCAAGUGCGCAGUUCAGAUAUGUUUAACGUAUUCUACAAACUUUGGUAUGGACAUAGUGUACCCUUUAUACAUGCCAGUUAUUUAGUCCCAGAAAUAAAAGUCUCAGAUUUUAAACAUUUCUUUCUAGGUUUUUAAAGAUAAAUUGUAAUUUAUCGGAUGUUUUGUUUUUGAGAUAUGAAUUGUUUAUAACAACCCUGAACUGGGUUUUGGAGCUGAGCCAAGGCAAGGUAUGUCAUACACCUAUCAUAGGCAACAUAACGAAAAGAUGGCAGUACUUGUUGAAGAAUUUAAGCAUGUUAACAUUAAUUUUGGAAAUUCUACAACAUAUGAGAAAUAACACCAUCAAGAGACAUUUUGUGUAGACAUUGACAUGGGCACUGUAUGCCACCACAAGUAUAGAUUUGGUGAUUCCAGCACAGUUAUUAAGGUACUGCCGUGGGACAGCAGUUUGGUUAUGACCAUCCAUCAAUAUAAUACCUGACCAAGUAUUCCAGCUAAGGUUUACUACAAGGGGGAACUUUGUGCAUUUCUUGUUUUGUUGAGUAUACAUAUAUUGACAAAUUCAUGAGGCCAUAUCAUGGCCAAAUACCUCAUUCAUCAAACACUCAUUGGAAAAAUAGAACAUUUCUCUGAAAGAUAAUAUUUGUGUUAAGAUCUGCGGCCCUUAGAAUGUAAAAAAGCAUAAUUAGAAAAAAGAUCUGUUUUAUUUUCCCUUCUCAGGACUUACAAUCCUGUAAUACAUACAUAGGCUAUGAGUUGUGAAUUCAUGCUGAGUCCCUGUGAUACAUGCCUGUCUUUUAGUAUGAGAAAGACAAGUAAAUAAACUGAAGGUUUGACAGUCACACCUCUGUUUGAUUGCUCUUGAUAGGUUUUCUUUCUAGUUUCUUGUGAAGAAAUGUUGAUCAUUGCCAAAUAGACUGGAAAAUUCCUUACCCUCUCAAGACUCCAUAAUCAUGAAGCAUGACCCUGUUUUGAAUAUUGUACUAUUUCUCUAAAUUCAUUCUACUUUCCAGAAAUUGUAGAAGUUUUGGCCUUGAGGGUUAUACAAAGUGAUAUCAUAAAUUUAGCUUAUGAUUUUGCAUAAGGCUUAUCUAAGUUUUAAAUUUUCAAAUCUGAUCUUGAAAAUUGAUAUAUCACACAGAACACAAGAAAUUUUUCCCCUCACAUUCCAGUUAUUAAAUACCAGAAGUUGUUUUGAUUAAUAGACUGAGGGUGAGUCAAAAUUGAUGAUGUUAUCUAGUCCUGAUAUGGUUUCCCUACAGAAUGUCAUAAGGCGGACUCUAUUCAGAAUGGUGAUACUUUAACAAUAAAAGCACAUUAAUUGUCAUUUGACAAGGGAGAAAUAGACUUAUAUUUUCCAAGCAAAUGGGAAAUAUACUUGAAGAGAGCGAGGAAAAUAUUUCUGUUACUGUAUGUACAUAUGGAUUUAUAGUCUAAAAAUGUUCCGUUAUCCACACUCCUAACUGUUCUGAUCUGUGAUUUGUGAUACCUAUGAAUAACAUGUUAUAAGAGUUCAUGAGCAGUUACUUCCCUUUUAUGCCAUGUGUAUUUUUCCUACAUAUAGUUAUGAUUUCAUAAGGUAUUGAUAUGUUGUGAUAUCUCUUGACUAUAAACAAAAGAAAUGUAAAUGUUAAAUAGGUGUCUAUAUUCUCACAUGGUGCUUCUGUACAUUUCAUAUGUCCAAGUAAUGUCCAUUAACAGGAAGACACACCUAAAUAGGUGAUUCAUUUCUCUUUUGUUUGUUGUGUUUAUGGAUUUGAUAGGAUUUAAUUAAGCUUUAAUUUCAAUCAUUCACAAUAUAUGAUAUUGUUUUUGGUAUUCCUAUUAUCAGUUAAACUGACCAUAUAUUUAUUAGGUUGUGAAGUGUUCUGAACAAUAUUCCUAUUGUAUGAAAGGAUUGUUAAAUGUGACUGUGCGUGGAUACAUUUUUAUCAUAAACAUUUAUUUUUUUACUAUUUUGAAGUUAGUCAUUAAGUGAUAUGAAUAUUGGAGGAAGGUAUAUUUGCUCUACUGCAUAUAUAAUGCUAUUCAAAACAAAUUUAUGUAGGCUAUUAAAAAAUAGGGAGUCAAAAAAGGAGGAAAUAUAGGUGUCAAAUCAGACCAGUUAACACAUGUCAAAUCAGACCAGUUAAACAUUUACUCAGAUUAGUUGAACACUUUUGUAAAAUCAGAUUAUGCAAGGUAGUUAAACCCUUAUGUCAAAUUAAAGCGAUUAAUGUAAAAUCAUAUUAGUUAAACACUUAUGUCAAAUCAGAUUAGUUAAACACUUAUGUCAAAUCAGAUUAGUUAAACACUUAUGUCAAAUCAGAUUAGUUAAACACUUAUGUCAAAUCAGAUUAGUUAAACACUUAUGUCAAAUCAUAUUAGUUAAACACUUAUGUCAAAUCAGAUUAGUUAAACACUUAUGUCAAAUCAGAUUGAUUAAACACUUAUGUCAAAUCAGAUUAGUUAAACACUUAUGUCAAAUCAGAUUAGUUAAACACUUAUGUCAAAUCAGAUUAGUUAAACACUUAUGUCAAAUCAGAUUAGUUAAACACUUAUGUCAAAUCAUAUUAGUUAAACACUUAUGUCAAAUCAGAUUAGUUAAACCCUUAUGUCAAAUCAGAUUAGUUAAACCCUUAUGUCAAAUCAGAUUAGUUAAACACUUAUGUCAAAUCAGAUUAGUUAAACACUUAUGUCAAAUCAGAUUAGUUAAACACUUAUGUCAAAUCAGAUUAGUUAAACACUUAUGUCAAAUCAUAUUAGUUAAACACUUAUGUCAAAUCAGAUUAGUUAAACACAUGUCAAAUCAGAUUGAUUAAACACUUAUAUGAGUAGGGAAUGUUGCAUGAUGCACAUUUCUGAUUUGUAAAAAUAUUUUUAUGAACCGCUUCAUUGAAUGUGGUAGGUAGCAAUAAUUUUUUUAUUUGUGUUAUAUUGUCAACAGUACAUUAUAUAUUGGAAAAAGAAAGCUCUUGCUUCAUCACGAAUAUUAUUUAUAGAUUUGUUUUGUUCAGGGUUUACUUGGAUUUUAUCAGUCGUAGUUUCAUAUUGUGAUAGCCCACUGCUCUAAGAUCUGUUUACUGCUGUAAAAGAGGAAAUGAUGAAACCCAUUACAAAAUUUAGUAAUGAAGUUAUGAGUUACUUUUCAUUGUUUUAGUUAGUAUUGUAUGUAUGCUUUUAUGGUGCUUCUUAACAAUUUUGGUAAGUUUGGUGCCCUUUACUUUUGGACCUUUUUGUCUACCACCAUUUCUUGUCCCUGAUGAUGUUCUCAGUGUUGAUGGGCCAUAUAGAAUAGAAUAAUGAUAAUAAAUCUAUUCUUAAGUCAUAAUAUACCAAAGUGUGUCUUAGUUAGUUACAAUUGUUUUCAAAAUUACAUAAAGCUUCUAUAUAACUGUUUAUGUAUAAUGAUCAAAUGUUAAAUAAAAAUGUAAUCAUA